CUUUCACCUGUCCAGAGUAGAAUGAUUCUACCAUUUCCUGAAGUUCAUACCAAUCCUGUUUGCAUACAAUUCCUAGCCUUAAUUUAUCAAAAUGAGAGAUUUAGGCGGGAAAUUACAAAAAUAUUUCGCGGUCAUGUCAAGGAUUUGUAGUUUUACGGUACAAAUUAUAAAACGCCAAAACUUAGGGUUUCAAAGGAAAAGGAGAAAAUGGAAGACUCUAUCAACGGUAGAAGAUGCGGCAGUGCCAGGGGAGGCAUCGAAGAGAACGUUUUAGCUAUCCUCGACGCCACCGAUUCCAAAGACACUCAAGACGCCAACGACGACAGGAUUGCUUUUAUAGAAGCUGUUCGCGCUGCUUCUAUUGAUCGGGAUGAUGGAGCUCCUCCAACCAACAAAAUGUACGAGGCCGUUUUCCAAAUUAUGAGGGUAGGGAAGUCUCUGGAAUUGAUUAUGGAAAGUUUUCGGCUUUUGAAUGAGCUAGAUGAGCGUUUCCCACGAGUUUAUUUAUCAAAUACAGGCGCAUCAGGGUCAUCUGAGCUAGUGGUGGUUGAAGAGGCUUGGUCGCCAUUUGUUUUUAAUUUGGAUAUUACUUAUGGCGAAAAAGAAUCUGCUGGAAAAAGCUCUGGUGGAACAUUUGACUCAUCGGUUUUCCAUCUGUUAAUACAGGAUCUUGUUGAAAUUGUCAAUGAAAAAGGCCUUCAAACAUUGGAAAUAAGGUCCCUGGGGAAGAUGUUGCUGUUUCAUUAUCUUAUCAAUGUCCUUGAAGGAGAUUUUGUACCACGUAACAAAGCUUAUAAAGAAACCAUGAAUUGGAUGCUUCUAAGAGAGUCCUUGCUCUGCAUGCUUCUGAGUUCAAGAAGAGUAAACUACAAAUCUCUAAUGAAGGAUUGCUUGUCCAUUAUGUGUGGACUUUGUCAAUUUUCUUCUGAAUUGAGUGAUCCGAAACCUUCUGAUAGUUCUGUGGCAAAUCCAUCUCAAAAUGUUAAUCCUGCUAUAGCAAUUGCUAUACCUGAAGUGAGAAGCAGCACUUGUACUGCUAUUCAGAAGCUUCUGACAAUUAUUAUGGAGCUUGAUGUGUCGAGAAAGAAAGCAGAUGCCCAAGGUUGUACCACCAGAGUUGAUGGUGUGAGAACCCCUCUGGUUGAGAUAAUUCUAGAUGAGUUGACUUAUGAUAGAGAUAUGCUUUCCCAAUUUUUUGAGAUUUUUAAUGAACCAAAAUGGAAGUUGGAAAUCAUUUUGCAGUUUUUUUCAAAAUACGUUGCUAAGCCUUCUGUUCGCACUCGGAGGUCUAAUGGUCCAACAGAAGAUGAUGGGACUUUCACUGGGGUUUUGAAGGGCUUUUCAAACAUCACUAGCACCAAGAACAUUACUAAAAAGAUCAGUAUAGAUGUAGUUCAGAUACUUUUGGCACAUGCUUUUCAGGCUUAUUUGUCAAUACAACCAUCUCAACAAGAAGCUGAAGGCAUCUUUGAUUUUGAUAAAGUGAGAAGCGACUCUCUUGUGGAAAUAUGUGAGAACGUAAUCUCUGCGUUUAGUAAUUUGAAAAGAAUAAAUGACAGCAAGGAGAUUUUGCCUUUUGGAAAAGAAGCAAUAUUUACAGCAGCAAAUAUCCUCUCAAUAAAGUCAUAGGAGCUCGUUUCUGGAUGAUGCAGGCAAGAUUGCUGGUUUCUUUCUAUCCUUUUUUGCCUAGGCCUUGACGUAGAUAUUACAGAUUAAGUGAAACCUUUUUGCCCAGGGCUGCCUUAUCAUUCCGCUUGCUCCAGUAGGCCAUGUAAAUAAAAUUACUAGUGCUUUCAAGUUCCAAUUUGAGGGUGUAUAUGUACUUACAAAUUAGUGUAAUUUUGUAUAUCAAAUCCGCAUGAAUUAUAAAACUUUCUAAAGCCUCAUUUUGAAGUGUCA